CGCCGCUGUCAUGAAACCGAGGACUUUAUGGUUUUUGGGAUAUUGCUGGUAGCGUGGAGCCUUCGUUGACAAAGUCAUGGGAUGGCCGUACUCUCUCCUGCCGGCGGUGCUGCUCAUGCCCUUCGCCUACGUCAUGACAGUGGACACGGCACCGUGCCAAACCUGCCGCAAACUCACCCAGAACUUUGUGAAGGGUAUCGAGCGAACGGCUUCAAAGAACUUUGGUGGGGGCAACACAGCCUGGGAGGAGGAAAAACUGGCUAAAUAUGCACGCAGUGAAACCCGGCUCCUGGAGAUUGUGGAGACGGCUUGUGAGAAGACUGAUUUUGACUGCAAUAAACUGCUAGAACAGAUAGAAGAUCAGGUGGAGACCUGGUGGUUUCACAGGCAGGAUGAGGCUCCGGACCUGUUUGAGUGGCUGUGCAUUGAGGAGCUGAGACUCUGCUGUCCUCCGGGCCGCUACGGGCCCAACUGUGCAGAGUGCCCCUUGAACCCUGGAGGUGUGUGUGGUGGUCUGGGCCGCUGCGAGGGGGAUGGAACUCGUCUAGGAGAUGGGCAGUGUGUCUGUGACCCCGGCUACUCUGGACCGCUCUGCCAAGAAUGUGCUGACGGGUAUUACAGGGAAAAAAGCUCAAAUGGAACACAACCUCCAUGUUCAGCAUGCUAUCACACGUGUCGAAAGUGCACGGGGCCACAUGACUACAGCUGUCUCGAUUGCAACUCAGGAUGGAUACUGCACGACAACAAAUGUUUUGAUGUGGAUGAGUGUGGGACAGAGCUGGCUCGCUGUCCAUCAAAUACGUAUUGUUUCAACACAGAGGGUUCAUAUGAGUGCAGAGGUUGUGACCAGUCUUGCGUGGGCUGCAUGGGCAGUGGGCCGGCCAGGUGUAAAAAGUGUGCAAGAGGCUACAGACUUCAGGGGGCCAAGUGCCUUGAUGUGGAUGAGUGCAGUGAUCGCAACAUGGCUUGUAAGGGUCUUAAUGAGGCCUGCAUUAACGAGGAGGGCUCGUUCCGCUGCGAGUGUGCCGAGGGAUUCAUCCGCAGAGACAGCAUAUGUGUGGAAAACGUGUUACCCACUGAGCCAGACAAAGGCUUGUUUGACGACAUGACGGAUGACGAGGUCCUGGUCCUCCAGCAGAUGUUCUUCGGCGUAGUCAUCUGUGCCCUGGCCACGCUGGCCGCAAAAGGAGACAUGGUCUUCACAGCCAUCUUCAUCGGAGGCCUCGCAGCCAUGGCAGGCUACUGGCUAUCAGAGAAAGGAGAUCGCAUGCUGGACGGACUAUUUAAAGGACGAUAGAUAGACACCUAAUUUACAAAACAAAAUAUACUACAACGACAGCAGAAAGACUUGUAAAAAAAAGUACUUUUUUUUUUUUUUAAAUAGAUGUUCAGGUUUAGAACACACUUUGAUUUAUGUGGGCUGCAUGGAUGCAAGUCAAGGGUGCCAGUGCUGGUUUUGAAUAACAGGAAAUGGAUUGCCUCUGGGCAGGUCGGUUUGUGUAGAAUUCUUGCACCUUUGGUCAGGUGCGUCGGAGAAGAACCCCUGGUUCACCAACGUUAGAGAAAAGAAAGCUCUCGCACACUGUUCACAUUUGCAAGGUUUACAGCGAUGUUUCGGUCUACUGACCUUCAAGCAAUUCAAAUAAAAAAACGAAACGUCACAGUAAACCUUGCCAGUGUGAACAGUGUGCGGGAGCUUUCUUUUCUUUGCCUCUGUGAAGGUGAAAGCCCAGGAAUAUCACAGCAUUCAACUGAAUUUUCCCUGACUAAACAGUGUAACAUCAAAAAGGCGUAAUGAAGUGAAAGGAUUCUUUGUUUUA